AUGUCCGUCAAGAUAUCUGCCGAACGGCGAGCCUUCAAGGCACCGAUUCAACGCAACGCCUGUUCGUUUGCUGCAGCCAACAAGUUGAUAUGGUUUGGUCUCCACGACGGUAGGAUACUACGCUAUACGUGCCCUGCUUCGAGUUCGCCAGACUCUGUGCCAUCAUCACAAAGCGCAGCCGAUUGCGUAACUUUACGCCUUAAAUCAGCAGGUGCGACAGCUGAGGUGCAAAGCUUAUUUGUGGACUCGAAGUCGUUUCACUGCAUCGCAUGUCUGUCUUCUGGACAUCAUUGUUACUCUAACUUUCAGAGCACGGAAUUGAUACUGCUUACGACUCUGCGAGGUUGUUUUGUACGUUCCGUAUGCUUCACUGAUGCAACAAGCGAAGACGUAACCGGCUCCUUUUUGCUGGGCACCGAGCGCGGCAAUCUGAUUGAGGGGCGCAUCAACUAUCGCAGGACGAGUUAUUCUUUUCGUUCACUAUACACGCUCCCAAAAGGGGAGCCGGUGCUCGACAUUGGCAUCAUUCCCAUAGUGCAUAUGGGUUGCCGCACGCACGUGGUUGUGGCGCUCUCAACAGGCUGUCUAUAUGAGUUUCUUGGUGGCGUGUCAUUCGAGGACACCUUCUCCCGUUACACAAAUACGGGCAUUUCCGCGGUGCGUUACGAGGUGCCUCUCGUAGGACCUACUGGAGAAGUGCUGGUAUCGGAGCGAGCGGACGGCAGCCACGAUCUCUUUUGGACCAAUGCAGCUGGCAUUGUAUUCGUCAACAUACCCUAUCGCGUUCCAGACGAUUCUACCAGCUGUUUGACGUUUCCUCCGGUUGUCAUCACUUACCCGUCAACUCCACAGCGACCUCUUUCAUCGCUGCAGGACAGCAAGUUACGACAGGGGAGAACGUUGUUGAGGCGCCCUGCCACCCAGGUCCCUCGGAGCACAGUCGUACUAAAUCACUCACUACUUCUGCUUUUUGACGAGAAGAUAGUUGUAGUUAAUACCAUAGUCGGUAAACCUGUGGCCACAUUGGCGUUGCCCAACGGCACGUUUGGCAAGGCAUAUCGGCUGGUGAGUGACCGCAUGAGUGGUGAAGUGUGGCUUCAUACAAAGGAGGGCAUUUUUGCCAUUGUUGUUCGCAACGAAGCCGACGAAGUUUGGAAACAUUAUUUGUUUAAUGGAGACAUCGCGAAUGCGCUGUCGAGCUGCAAGACACCAGGUCAACGAGACAGCGUACUACUUAAGGGUGCUUAUGAUCUCUAUGAGCGCGGUAAGUACCUUGAAUCUGCUCGAUUAUACGGGCAAGUUGAAUCGAAUCACCCCGAUUUCGAGCAUAUAUGCAUGAGAUUUUUGGAAAGAUGCCAAGAUGCCGCGGUUUUGGAGUACGUGAUGUUAAAGAUACAGCAACGAAACUGGUUCCGCUACGACCCACGUUUCAUCAUUCUAACAGUAUGGGUAAUUGAAAUGCUGGGUUAUCGCUAUCGCGACAUCUACCUCACAAUAGAUGCCGCGAAUGAAAUUACUGGUGUCGACAUGGACGCGUUGACUUCGCGCAGAGAAGAGUAUAAGCACAAGUUGCUUUCGACUAUAGGUUCUCUGGCGCACGUUGACGACAUGGCAAACCCGAUUAGCUUUUUGUUACAGACUAUGAUGGGUUGUGGUGACGAAUGUGUCGAUUUUGCGCGAUUGCGUCGUGACUCGUCUAACGUGGUUUGCUAUUUGCUUAGUAGCGGCAACGUGGAGGGGGCUUUUCGCGAGCUUCUCCAGAUGCAUCCCAGCGACAAACGUGACGCUCUGCUGUUGAGAUUUGCGCCCCUGCUGUUCAUGGAUGCACCAGAGUUGUUUGCACGUGCAUCGUUCAGCAAGUUGGACCCCAAGAUUUUACUGCCCAUCGCACUUUUACCCUUGAUGAUGCACAACACCACGUUUUUACCACACUCUCUCGGAAUGUUGGAGCGUUUGUUAUUUUAUGGCGACACUCCACAUUCAGACUCCACACGGUCGCUGCUGUGGUGCUGUUACAUCCUACUACUGGCCAACCUCGAGACGGAGGGCACGCUUUUGGACGUCCUGUCUAAACGUGCCAUCGACUUUGCACACAGUGACCUCGCUAUAGCUCUACGUUACCUCAAAACCAAAUCUGCAACGGAUCCUCGUUGGUCAGUGGCUUUCAUUGCGUUGCAAAGUUUGUGCGGGAUGAACGAGGAUGCGCUGGAGAUGGCACUUUCACAGGAUAAAACCGACUUAGCGGCGCAAUGUGCUAUGCGCCCUCCCGACAUAUUUACGCGUCGUCGUCUUUGGCGCUACAUCUUACGCCAUUCUACCAUCACAGGUAGUGAGUCGCUAAACAACAUCCUGAAGGCUUCACAUGGCCUCCUUCACGUCCACCACCUCUUGCAUUUUUUGCCAGAGGAGACUAAGCUGGGAGAGAUGAGUGAUGUUAUAACCACUUAUGUUGCAGAGUACGAGGAACAUCUUGAGGACCGUCGGCAGGAGGUAGAUCAUCUGUGCGCAAGCAUCGCUGAAGCGAAAUCAGAGAUGCAAAUAGCAUCUCGUCGUUGUGUGACCCUCUCCGUGAUGGAAGAGUGUUCGUCGUGUAGCAACCCUCUGCAUACGAAACACUUUGUCGUAUUCCCAUGUGGACACGCGUUUCACCGCGUCUGCCUGGCUGUGAUUCUGCGCCGCCUUCUUAGCGGCUCAGAACUUAUGGAGUUCGAACGUCUUCAUACGGCCUUUGAGAAGCGUACGGAUGAGCACAGCAUUUCGAAUUAUAAUGAGUUUUUUUGGCAUCUAAGCCGUUCGUUUCGUCUUUAG